AAAGGAGUUGUUAGAUAUUAACAACCAUUUUGUACACUAUCCAUAGAGCUCAAAUUAAAGGAACCUUGAUGCCACUGAUGCUCCUUCCCACUCUUCCUCGCCUGCUCUAUGAUCAGGAAAAACAUUACUAAUUGACGAACUGCAAGUCAAUCGGAUGAUCAAAAUACCCUAUUGUGAAAUUAUUGCAUAAGGUGCAGAUCAGCAUCAUCGUCAGUGACGAGAGAAGGAAGAUGAUGACAAGAUCAAAAGAUGGAAAGGGAUUUGAAGUGAAGGGCAGUAUUAAUAUUGCAGCAGACGAUACUAAAUCGAAGAAGGGGGCAGCAUCCAGCAGCACCGCUUCAAGGCGAUGGUCGGCUUCCAAAAAUCCAAGGAUCGUACGCGUGUCGAAGGCCUUAGGAGGGAAAGAUAGGCACAGCAAGGUGUGCACCGUAAGGGGUCUAAGGGACAGGCGAAUCCGGCUCUCGGUACCCACUGCAAUUCAGUUGUAUGAUCUGCAGGAUAGGCUUGGCCUUUCUCAGCCCAGCAAGGUCAUAGAUUGGCUUCUCGAGGCUACUAAAGAUGACAUCGACAAGCUUCCUCCACUUCCAAUCUUCCCUGGAAUAUCAUCAUCAACUCCAGACUUAAAUCAACAACCCUCCUCACUAGUACUACUUUCUCAUCAUCAUAUCCACAACGAUGAUGAUGAUGAUCAGUUAUUGAAGAAUGUCGCAGCCUCUCAGUCGACUCAUCAGCCUAAUUAUUUUUUCCCUCCUAAUUUCUUUGGCGCAAAUACAGCAUACUACUUAAAGCAUGGAGAAACCCCGUCUCUACUUCCUAAGGAUAUUAGAGAAGCCUGCAACAAUAACGUUGUAGGAUCAAAGCUUAAGGGAUCACUUGAAAAUAAUCAAGCUGUUGCUGCUGGAAAAGCACAAGUUUCAGCCCAGAAUUUCAUUCACAUAUACAAUAAUUAUUAUAAUCACCAUCACAUGGAACCUUGCAGCUUGUCUGUCUCUCAAUUUGGAUUUCCUUCCCAGGCCCAAACUGAAGGAGCCAAUAAUUCCACUCAUUUGCCUCUCUCGUAUUCUGGCUCUCAGUUGUUUAUCGGUAGCCAACCUGCAGUGGCAACACAAUCAGUUUUCCCUCCCUAUUUCUCCAGUCCACCAGCAGAUAACUAUAAUCACUUUCAAUGUAUGAGCUCAAAUUCGAAGAAUGUUGUGCCAAAUCCCCUCUUAUCAUCUCCAAUCAGUAGCAGUACUACACCUAAACCACUACUCCAUCACUCACACCACUAUGGAGGGCAAUCAAACAAAGGCCCUGAUCGUUAAUUCAAGCAUAUCUAUUCCUCUCUCUCUCUCUCUCUCUCUCUCUCUCUCAUAUAUAUAUAUAUAUAUAUAUAGGCACACACACACAAUUCGAUUUGAUUAGUAGUCUUAUUUUCAUAACUCAAGUAGUUAUCUUGGAGCAGGCGAAGCUAGAACUGCAAUGGGCAAAUAUGUUGAAGGUUGCCUCUACAGUGAGAACUCAAAAUUGCUUGUCAAAUAUAGUAAGUUAUUAAUUCAUGUAUUCACACAUCCGUAUAAAUAUUGCAGUUUCUGAACUAUAUAUUUUUCCUUUUCUCGUCAUGGGGCAAUCUUUUAGCACACAGGGGCAGUCUAUGAUUUGGUUACAUUGAUAUAAGAUGCCCUUCGGACCCGUCUUCUAACUCUGAUAGGAUUUAAAUAUAAAUAUAAUUACGUAGUGCUGUAGCUGGCUAAAGUUGAUCAGUUGCAUGAAUGAAUAUCGUGAUCCAUCUGCAUU